AUGUUUCAAUCAUCGAUUCAUAGUCAAUGUAAUACUAAAUGGCAAUCAAAAACAUUAAUUACAUAUGAUUGUCCAAUAUGUAUGAUAACAAAUACACAUCAAUUUCUUGAAUUACCAUAUGGUCAUAAUUUAUGCUUAUCAUGUCUUCAUAUGAUAUGUACUCAUUCGGCAUUAUCAUAUCCAUUUUGUCGUUGUCCUGAUGAACCAGGUUAUAUUGGUGAUGAUUGGUUAUUAGCUCAAAAAAUUCAUUAUGAAUAA